CGUUUCCCACCAACGUCGGUCACUAUGCAUUCCCAUUCAGAUUAUUAGGAUUUCUUGAACGAAUGUCUUGUCCUCCCUCGGCCCUGGAAAAUUCCUCGAGUAACGUGAUUCCUAUUCGAGGAUCACUAGGACCGCACUCGCCGGUCCCAGUGGUCGCGCUCGUCGUCAUGACGUGAUUACUACCAGCACCUCCAUACGACCACGACCUGUUUGCUCCUCUUGUUUUACACGCAUUUCUUUUCAACGUAGUAUAAUCGCGGAGCCGAGCCUCAUUUUUUUUGUUCGGUUCUACUAGUACUUCGACGUAUAUAAAUAAUGAUGUAUCUACUUCGCUCCUACGUUAAUAUUUGUCGCUUGUAGCCCGCCCCGUAGACGUCUUUACUCAAGAAGACCAGCCAGACAAUGUGUCGGUUCGCCGCUAUGUGGUCGAACGAGCCGAUUUUGAUCGCGGACAUCUUGACCAAGCCCCGUAUGUCGCUGAUUCGCCAGUCGUACGCCGCGCAGGAGCGACAGCACCCCAUCGGGAUUCCCGGCUUGAGUUACCAGCAGUCGACUCUGAACGGGGAUGGAUACGGCAUCGCCUGGUACAGAGAUGUGGACGAGCAGUUUCCCUGUGACCCCUUCCUGUGUGAGCCGGUUGUAUCAAGUAGGGACGUCGAAGGUCAUGAUGGCGUGCUGGCCGAGUCUAGUACCAAGAAAAUAUCAAACUCUGGAACUCAACAAGAGCGUGAAUAUCCCCCUCUAGUAUCAGGUUCAGGAAGAGGAGCUCCAAAAAGCUCCGAGGAUGUUGACGCAGACCCUGUUUCUAGCUGCACAAAGACCCGCAGUAAGAACGUGGCCGGUACUAAAAACCUCAACCUGAACCCGCCUACAGCUACGUCCUCGGCCUCCGCCCGCAGCAAGCCGACGACGAAAAUUCCGUGCGUGUUUACGAGUUUGAAACCCGCGUGGAACGACCGGAACCUGUCUCGGCUCGCGGAGCAGGUCAGCAGCAAGUGCGUGUUCGCGCACAUCCGAGCGGCGGGACCCGGGUCACCAGUGUCUGACGACGCCUGCCACCCCUUCGAGGCCCGCGGGAUCCUGUUCAUGCACAACGGCAUGCUGGGCGACUUCGACAAACACUGUCGCACCUUGAUGUCUAUGCUUUCCGAGGAGGGAUUUAAGGUCGCCCUGGAGCACAACUGCAUCGACUCCGCCGUCGCGUUUGGCCUCUUUUUGACCAUUCUCGACCGCAAUGAUUAUGCAGCCACGGUGAGUGGUGGACGUUCGGCUGCUGAUAGUGGUUGUCCUCCUGCUCCUCUCGACGGCGCCGCACAACAAGGGACGACCACAACCAGUGGAGAUGAGGAGGAAGAUGAUAUGGUCGACGACCAAAGCUACAACCACGGCAGCACCAAGAGCAAAAAUACCAAACGAAAAAACCAAAGCUGCGUCGAAGAAAGCACGACCACGAAGAACACGACAUCAACCAAGAACCUUUUCUCCACGGCCGAACUGGCGGACGCGCUGCAGCAGACGAUCGACGUGCUGAACACAGUUUGCGGGCCGAAGGCGCCCUCGCUGUUGAAUUUUGUGAUCAGCCACGGAACGUGUCUGCUCGCCACCCGGGCGGGCGUGGGGGGCGAGGGCGCGAGUCUGUACGUGUGCACCGGGUCAGACUGGGUGCAGGAGACGAAGAAACAGUGCCCGAAGAAGCCGAAGAGCCGGAUCACGCAGAAGCAGGAGAAGUCCUGGGGCCAUGAUUUGGGCGAGAACUUUCAGAAAGACUUCUCCAUGGUCAACAUGGAGGCCCGGCCGUCGGUGGUCAUCAUCGCGUCGGAGCCUCUGUCCGCCGAUCGCCACGACUGGAUUCCGGUGCCGAGCAACACCUUGGUGGCGGUUACGACUUUGUUCUGCGUCAAGGAGAAGGCGCGGCAGAUCGAGAGCGUGCUGUUUCUGCCGUUGAGUGGGGACGAUGCGGAAAGGCCUGUGUCCUCGUGUGGAGAACAGAGUUCAAUGCAGGAGCUGAAGGGUCGUGGUACUCGAGGUCAUACAGCAGGAGCACGUGAUGACAAUGCUGGAAGGUGGGCCAACAAGAUAAUACGAUCACCACACGAGGACAAUGAAAACCAGCGAAGUCGUCAAUGUCAAACAAGGCAAAGGUGGCCUCCAGAUCAAGAUCCUGAUCAUUUGUCCCAGCCCCCUUUAUUUCGAGCAGCCCGACUCGGCGCCGUGCUGGCCGCUAUGCAGGGGCAAUCCCGACAAGAAAUGCCUCCGCACAGGAGCAGAGAUGACGUGGUACACGACCAGGAAGAACGGCCACGACGACCGGACAUGAGCAUAGACAGGUCACCAGGGGAAGACGUACAGCACGUGACCGUAGCCAAUAGUGCGGAGCAGCAUGUCGAGAGCCACCGUUCGCGUUGUCCAUCUUCAGAACAAACAAAAUCACAUGCAGCACUGUCUCCCGCACAACUGUCAGGGGACGAGGAAGGAGCCAGCGCAUGGCCAAAAACGCAGCAGGAUGUCAAGAACGCAGGACCUCCACUUUCUCGUCCUAUGGAUGUAGAAACGGCAGCCUCGGAUGUUCUUGCGAAUCACGGGGAUAGCGACAGUCAAAGAUUAUACGCCGAAGCGCUGCUGGAAGUUUUUCGCCAACAGACCUACCAAGCGACGCAGCAGCAGGUCCGCAAGAUUGAGGACGGAAACAAUGACGUCUUCAUUCAUCCAGGAGCUGCAAACGACACCGCCGGCAGGUGUAGUUCAUCUUUCCCGUCCACUAUUUUUUCCCCCUCGGCACAAGAACAGAACUUUUUUUCUACCUCCCCCAGACCUCCGGCGCGACCACUGUUCAUCCCACAAGACGAAAAAUUGCAGAUACAGCGAACAAGAAACAAAAACCUCAUCUCCCGUUCCAAGUACUUCGCGAUGCCCACCGGUGUUCGUAACUGCGUGAUUUGGCGCCAGCGGUACCUGCUUGCCGGCUGUCUCGACGGAUCGAUUCGCGUGGUGAAUUUGAUAUCUGGCAAGAAGAACGAGGAAAGCGAAAGAGACACUACAUCACACGAGCAGCGGACCAGUAGUCCUCGUGACAUACAGAACAUAAAGCAUCAAGCUGAUGAACAGGCUGGACCGACGGAGGACCACUUUUCUCCGGAUCAGAAUCAGUACAGAAUCCUGGGCCACAACGCAGCGCCCAUCCUCGCCCUGCGCAUCUUCCGCGAUCGGUACUUGUUGAGCUCCAGCAAGAUGGACUUGCGAAUCUGGGACCUAGAUUUUUUGGAGAGCUGCACUACUUCUAGAAGUACAGUGGAACUACAAGAAGCACAAGAACGACCUGGAAGAGGCGGUGUAGUUUCUCACCAUGCGGCGCAUACAAACGGAGGUGGUAGAGAGCCAACGUCUGCUCCUACAACAAUAGGAGUUCCACCGCCUCUGCCUUUUGGAGGGCCCGGUGCUGCAAGCGCAGAGGUCACUGACUCAGUCACCAGCGAAACCGCGGACGAGUCUGUUUUGACUUUACCCAACAGUGCCUUUCAUUAUGCAGGAGCGGCCAGCACGUGCACGACGACGUCGACAUCAGAACUGCAGCCACCUCGGCUUCAGCCGAUCAUUUCGCAGAGGUCUGUGACCGACACCAGCGGUCUUGUCUUCCGCCCCGGCGAAACGGUUUCGGUUGUUGUACCUGGAACAACUACAGUUGGAUCGUCCUUUUCAAAAGAGGUCAUCAACGGAACAUCAGUAUUAACUGGAGCUGCAGCAACUACGUCUACCGCCACCAUGACCGCGUUGUCCUCCGCAUCGCCCAGGGAGCUGAGGAAAGCGAGCAAAAGGAACCUUAACACCAACUACGGUGGUAACACCAAUUCUUCUUCGAGUACUACGCUUACUAACAAGCUUCAGCCCGGCGCCGCCACGACUUCUAGCACCACCGACUCGUCCCUCACGAUGAACGCCGCCUGCGUCGUGUGUUACCGGUUCGCGCCGCUGCAGGGGCAGCUCCUCACGAUCGGCCGGUGCGACGAGGGCGGUGUGGACGAGGGCAGGUUCCGGAUCACACUCGGAUUUUCCAGUUGCAACGUGUUCGAACUGUCCGUGGAUCUGGACACUUUGCGGAAGCACCCGCAGUAUGUGUUGUAAAUUCAAUGUCUGGGUCGUUGGAAAACUUCUGAUGCAGGCUGCACAACCAUGAGGACGUCUCAAUUGGCGGCCACGCGGCAUGGCAAGUUUGUGAGCUGCUAGGUCGUGUUGUCUGUUCUGUAUGGCAAAUUGCGCUUCUGGUUCUGCAUGACAGAAUAAAACUGGGGCGCAGCUUGGGUAACGUGCAUGACAGGCUUGAGAGACAUCGACAUGCUGGCCGAGCAUGACAAACUUUGCAUCCUUCUACCAGACCCAGACAUUCUAUUUGCACUUCAUACGCAGCGUUCGAACACCAUACGCUUUUUUACGCUGCCUUGUCCAACGAGUAGAACCGAGGACUUGCGGAAGUGCUAUCCUCUGUGGACCACAUUAAAUAAAAGCAACUUCUUCAUGCUCUCGAAUACUACCCCCGCUCUUGAUGUUGACGUGCCGCUACUCCCGACGUACAAUUUUGACUCUCCGCAGCUCAAAGGGAUCGUCGCCCCAUCUGGUAGUGGUGGUGGUGGUGGUGGAUCUACUUCGACGCAUCAAACGAACACAGGCGAAACAAGCACGACAAGUGGAGCACAAGAAGUUACGGCGGAUCCAGGAGUAUUUUCAUCACCCCAGGCUCCGUCGACACAGACAUCACAACUCGGUAAUGUACCUGGUUUAACACAAGAACUUCCCUCCCUUGACGAGGACUGCAGUUUCCUUCUGCAGAAGACCGUGUCCGAAAUCGCGUCUUCCCCUUAUUCCACCGCGAGCCCGCCCGGUUUGCAGGGGUUGCGACGAGGAGCAGCGACGACCUCGCAGCGGAGAACUACAACAGCAAACAAAGUUACCGGGGGCGGCGCUGGUGUAGUUCCUCCUGCACAGCUCCCGAAGGACUGCCAGCAGUUGCGGUUCAUCGCGCAGCACCGGAGCUGCGUGUACCAGGUGUGCUACCUUCCGCACAACAAAAUGGCGCUGUCGGUCGGGGGGGACGGGGUUUUGAAGGUGCACUACGUGGCGGAGAACGGGCAGACCUUUGCCUGUCGGGACGAGUUGCAGGGCCGCGACGGACCCAUCUACAGCGCGGCGGUGUGCGUCAAUCUGAAAAAGAAAAACACAGCUGCAACAUCAAAUUGUCUUCAUCGCGGGCGAAACAAGCUGGUAACAAGGCGGUUCACAGACGAGGGGUGUUUUGACUCCUAUACUUGUACAGGUGGGACGAUGGAGGAGGGAGAUGUUGAACAACAACAAGGCGGUGUACUAGGUGGCUCCGCUGCUCUACACGAUGAGAAAGAGAACCAUUGCGACCAGCAAAACAAGAGCGGCAACUUCAUCAGUUGCACAAUAUCAAAGGGCGUACUCGGAAACAACGCCGUUUCCGCAGCUACGUCUUCGGGUAGUAAAACGAAAACAAGAGCUGACGCGAUUAUUACGAAAAAUAUUACGAGCAAAAAGUUCAUUUUAGACGGAACCACGAGCCCGGUUUCAGCCACCGCCAGGCAGCGCGUCGUGGGGACGAACAAUGGCAAUGUCGUAUCCACCACGACCCUUGGUGCUGGAGAGCUUGCCAAGGCUCCCUCCCACCCGGAAUUUCGCCUGAGCAUAGUAGAAGAGAUGGUAGAGCAGAAAAGCGGAUUUCUCUUACACGGUGAAGAUGCUCUUGCAGAGUACGGGCAGCAAAAAAACAUGAUAGACGUCGAAACCGAGGAAGAUCACAAAUUGCUGACCCCCAGAAGUGUAGUCGAGGAAGAGACUAGUAGUACUGAUAUCACGACGGCGCAGGCGGUAUCGGGCGGAAAAAUAAACCGAGACCUACACGAGAAAAAAAACGAGACCAGCCACAACCUCGCUUCUGAGCCGUCCACCUCCUCGUCCACAGGAGAGUUACCCGGGGGCGGGGAAAGCAGUAGUUCCUCAGCACCUGCUCCAGGAGGUUCAGUCUCUUUGACAAUGCACAGCCACAUCAACCAGGUGCCGACCACGACGCCUGCGAUGCAACAGACGACCGCAACGCAGGCUAUCGAGGACAUCUUUGUGACGGGCGACGAGUCCGGGAAGAUAAAGCUUUGGCGCGUUCUGAACGGAAGUUUGUCCUUCAUGUCGGAGCUUCUGGACACCAACGCGAGGACGAGCCCAUCUCAUCAAAGCCGGUCUCGCGUCUUGAGCCUCUGCGUACUACGAGAAACACUGUUGGUCGCGGGACGGGGCGAUGGCUCUCUGGAGCUGUACGACCUACGAAAACGGCAGUUGCUGGAGGUGUACCAGAAUGUCAGCCGUGGCGGCAGGUGGGCCUGGGAAGAUACUUCAUCUGCGCAACGAAUGAAUAACACGACGAAUCAUGUGUGUCAGUGCAUUCGGAGAAUUGACGACUGGCAGUUUUGUUGCAUCAGCCAAGAUCAAGGGGUCACGCUUUUUACCGUCGGGGAGCAAGAGGAGAAAUUGGAGGUGCAAGAAAGCGAGUUGAUGGUCGUUCCCGGGUCCAACCACGCGACCCGAGAGCAAAAAAGCGACCAGCAGCUCCACAAGCAUCUGUUGAACGCGGCAGACGCAGCAAGUUGUAGCACCAGUGCAAUAAGUGGAAGAGCUCCUCCUGGUGCUUCUGAACAAGCUGCACCUCUACUUCUACCGCCCAAGAACACCUCGUCCUCUAAAGACAACCCGCGUGGUCUUCGCUACUUUUUGUGCGAGGCAGACAGCAUUGCGCAGCUGGUCAAGUUUCUGGCUGCUAUGGAAAAUGCGCGAAGAACACGGAAAUUUGAGAUCCUGAGCACGGAGAACAGAAGGGCUUGCUUCCUGUUGGAGCUAGAUGAUGAAGAGGAGAAAAUCUUUGCAGACGGUGCGGGCGGGGCAAUCACACCAGGCCAGGGGCUACUUGGCGUUGACGAGGAAUCAAGUGCAAACCGGACUGCCGUAACAGCUAAAUCCACAGUGUUUGUUCGCCUCUUUCGAGACGCAACUGAUUUGGUACGGAGCCUAAUUGAUGAUCAUUCCUCGCGCGACUCAUCAGGAACUGCACAGACGUGCAAUGCUCACUUGCUAAGAGUUACCGAGCUGCUUUUCUGAAAAUAAAUUCCAGCCGUAUCGUGGCUGUGAUAAACAAUGUCAGUUUUGAUUCGGUGCUAGCCGCGACCUUAAGUAUGUAUAUUCUGUAUAGCGAAGGGCGAAGCAUUGCUGUGUAGGGUCGUUGAGGACAGCCUUGCAGGUGCACGGGCUGUGCGUAUGAGUUGUGUAGUUAGUUCUAAUUGUAAUAUGUCGUGGCUGUUGUAUCACGAGAAAUAACAUUUUAACGACGACCGCUCCCAUAUGAAAUUGGCUAUAGUUCCUGUUCGCACUUGCAGCAGGCUUAGCACUUUCAGUAUCAUGUUGGAGGGCUAUUCCUGCCUAUUGAUAUUGUUGUCGCUGCACUUACAAGGAGGGUGCUGUGCGUUGUGGCUUUCAUCCGCCUCUUCAUAGUAUAGUUUCCGCCUUUUCACAAGCUCAUACUCGUUUUUUUCGGUUUAAAUGUCUGUGAAUUUCGACGAAUGGAAGGAGAUUGAUGUAGUUUCUUGUCGC